GUUCUAAGCCACCUCCACAGUAGCUACACUAACUCUCAGAAGUUCUAUGCCACCUCCACAGAAGCUACAGUAACUCUCAGAAGUUCUAAGCCACCUCCACAGUAGCUACACUAACUCUCUGAAGUUCUAAGCCACCUCCACAGUAGCUACAGUAACUCACUGAAGUUCUAAGCCACCUCCACAGUAGCUACAGUAACUCUCUGAAGUUCUAAGCCACCUCCACAGUAGCUACACUAACUCUCAGAAGUUCUAAGCCACCUCCACAGUAGCUAAAGUAACUCUCAGAAGUUCUAAGCCACCUCCACAGUAGCUACAGUAACUCUCAGUUCUAAGCCACCUCCACAGUAGCUACAGUAACUGUCUGAAGUUCUAAGACACCUCCACAGUAGCGACAGUAACUCUCAGAAGUUCUAAGCCACCUCCACAGUAGCUACAGUAACUCUCAGAAGUUCUAAGCCACCUCCACAGUAGCUACAGUAACUCUCAGUUCUAAGCCACCUCCACAGUAGCUACAGUAACUCUCUGAAGUUCUAAGCCACCUCCACAGUAGCUACACUAACUCUCAGAAGUGCUAUGCCACCUCCACAGUAGCUACACUAACUCUCAGAAGUUCUAUGCCACCUCCACAGAAUCUACAGUAACUCUCAGAAGUUCUAAGCCACCUCCACAGUAGCUACACUAACUCUCAGAAGUUAUAUGCCACCUCCACAGAAGCUACAGUAACUCUCAGAAGUUCUAAGCCACCUCCACAGUAGCUACACUAACUCUCUGAAGUUCUAAGCCACCUCCACAGUAGCUACAGUAACUCUCUGAAGUUCUAAGCCACCUCCACAGUAGCUACAGUAACCCUCUGAAGUUCUAAGCCACCUCCACAGUAGCUACACUAACUCUCAGAAGUUCUAAGCCACCUCCACAGUAGCUACAGUAACUCUCAGAAGUUCUAAGCCACCUCCACAGUAGCUACAGUAACUCUCAGUUCUAAGCCACCUCCACAGUAGCUACAGUAACUGUCUGAAGUUCUAAGCCACCUCCACAGUAGCGACAGUAACUCUCAGAAGUUCUAAGCCACCUCCACAGUAGCUACAGUAACUCUCAGUUCUAAGCCACCUCCACAGUAGCUACAGUAACUCUCUGAAGUUCUAAGCCACCUCCACAGUAGCUACACUAACUCUCAGAAGUUCUAAGCCACCUCCACAGUAGCUACAGUAACUCUCAGAAGUUCUAAGCCACAUCCACAGUAGCUACAGUAACUCUCUGAAGUUCUAAGCCACCUCCACAGUAGCUACAGUAACUCUCUGAAGUUCUAAGCCACCUCCACAGUAGCGACAGUAACUCUCAGAAGUUCUAAGCCACCUCCACAGUAGCUACAGUAACUCUCAGUUCUUGUAAGCCACCUCCACAGUAGCUACAGUAACUCUCAGUUCUAAGCCACCUCCACAGUAGCUACAGCAACUCUCUGAAGUUCUAAGCCACCUCCACAGUAGCUACAGUAACUCUCUGAAGUUCUAAGCCACCUCCACAGUAGCUACAGUAACUCUCACAAGUUCUAAGCCACCUCCACAGUAGCUACAGUAACUCUCAGAAGUUCUAAGCCACCUCCACAGUAGCUACAGUAACUCUCUGAAGUUCUAAGCCACCUCCACAGUAGCUACACUAACUCUCAGAAGUUCUAAGCCACCUCCACAGUAGCUACAGUAACUCUCAGAAGUUCUAAGACACCUCCACAGUUGCUACAGUAACUCUCUGAAGUUCUAAGCCACCUCCACAGUAGCUACAGUAACUCUCUGAAGUUCUAAGCCACCUCCACAGUAGCGACAGUAACUCUCAGAAGUUCUAAGCCACCUCCACAGUAGCUACAGUAACUCUCAGUUCUAAGCCACCUCCACAGUAGCUACAGUAACUCUCAGUUCUAAGCCACCUCCACAGUAGCUACAGUAACUGUCUGAAGUUCUAAGCCACCUCCACAGUAGCUACAGUAACUCUCUGAAGUUCUAAGCCACCUCCCCAGUAGCUACAGUAACUCUCACAAGUUCUAAGCCACCUCCACAGUAGCUACAGUAACUCUCUGAAGUUCUAAGCCACCUCCACAGUAGCUACAGUAACUCUCUGAAGUUCUAAGCCACCUCCACAGUAGCUACAGUAACUCUCACAAGUUCUAAGCCACCUCCACCGUAGCUACAGUAACUCUCUGAAGUUCUAAGCCACCUCCACCUCCACAGUAGCUACAGUAACUCUCACAAGUUCUAAGCCACCUCCACCGUAGCUACAGUAACUCUCUGAAGUUCUAAGCCACCUCCACAGUAGCUACAGUAACUCUCUGAAGUUCUAAGCCACCUCAAGUAGCUACAGUAACUCUCAGCUCUUAAUUUGACAACACAUAAUGAAGUUCUCAGAAGUUCUAAGCCACCUCCACCUCCACAGUAGCUACAGUAACUCUAUUGUGUCUACAACUAAACCACUACUAAAAUGAACUCAGUCACCUAUAAACCUUCCUAUUCAAUGGAUAAGAAUUCAAUAAUGAGGCCUGUUUGAGAUAAUAGGUUUACAAUGGUGGAAUCCAGUAUGACAUUUGUUGAAAAAAAGGUUGUGUGGGUCAGUAUGUCCCAAAUGGCACCCUAUUCCUUACGGACCCUGGUCAAAAGUAGUGCACUAUAAAGGGAAUCGGGUGCCAUUUGGGACACAAACAGAAAGAGCAGAAUAAUAAUAAUAAUAUGCCAUUUAGCAGACGCUUUGAACACUGGAGAAGAUGUCGUCACAGGGCACAGCGUGAGUCUCAUCACCACGGAGACACCACGGCAACACUGUGGUGAUGGCGGUGGGACGCCGGCGCUCCUGUCUGUGAAAUACAAAUUAAUAACCCUGCAAAUCUGAUUAGCAGUCUUCAUCCUCCGCACACACAUUCAGAAUCAUCCACCUAACACACACACACACACACACACAGCGCACUGUCCUGAGGUCAUCUCAGCCCCGUCCAGACUCCACAGACAUCCCCCCUCCAUCCCCCCUCCACACACACCGUGGCAGCCAGCAGGCAUUGCUCACUCUUAAUAAGGAGAUUAGGGAGCAGAUCCAUGGUCUUGCUAGUCUAGCAGCAGAAAUAUAAUGACUAGUGGGAUGGAGAGAGUCAGUCAGUGGCAGGGCCUUAAUGGUUCAUCAACAGGAAAUAUUCAUUUGUCCACGUGCUAAUGAGACUGACACCCAGGCCAUGAACACACACACACACACACACACACACACACACACACAUACACCACACAGUCUAACACUGUCAACCGCUGAUCUGGCUCCAUCACUGAUCACUCCACACACCCACUACUGAAGAGACAGACUCAGAGAGAAGCAGCACUUACCCCCCCCCCAGGGCAGGGCUCUUCUGGAUCCAACGGCACUUCCAGUCGCACUAAAACCCCAGUUUAUAAGCAGCGACUGCUGUUGAUUGUGCUAGACGGCAUCUAAUUGACUAUCUUCAGGAAACAGAUGUCGGAGCCCGAGGCUUAGCGCUAGAUAAUUGUCUGCGCAGUACCCUCCCUGUGUAUAUUGAUAUCAAAAUAACAUUUCAGAACUCACUUAUACCAACAGUGCGCCAUCUAAAUCUAAUCUAACUCCCAUCUUGUUAUUAUACUGUAUUAAAACUAUAACGACGAUGCUUGUUUUCAGAGGAAGAACAGCUAGUUUCCUGGAGCCAAUGCAACUGGGAGAAGGACGGUGUUGACCCUCGACACUGAUCUAAGGUCUGUUUAGCAUGUCCUCCCUAAUGAUUAAGGUUAGGAAUUGGUGAUGGUCAGCUGAUCCUAGAUCUGUGCCUAAGGGAAACUAUCUGGAAUGGGAUGCUGAAGAGAGAGCGUGCCAAAGACAGAUUAUAUUCUAUUUAAAAUCUCCCAUAAUUCCCCCUGGGCUACGGCCUAUCAGCCGUGGCCAAUUCACAUUACUCCGGCCACCAAGGAGGCCACGCCCUGCUGAGACCCGACACACACUGUUGGAGAUGAGUGUGUUUGUGGUGUGUGUGUCAAUACUUCCAAUCAACAAACCCAAUAAAAUACAUAGCUCCAGGCUUGACAGUGCUUAGCCAACUGAUGACAUUAUGUGACAUUAGCACAGUCAGCACUGCCGUACGCAUUCACCUCAAUGAUCCGACUGUAAUAAAAAAAACAGUUUGACGCAUGGGGACAUUUUAUGGGAUUCACGACGCAUCAGACAUUACUUUCAUUCAAAGGAAUAAAACAAUGAAUGCUAAAACGGCAGGUUUUUUAAUUGUUAUAAUAUUAAUUAGUCUCUACAGCAUAUUAAACACACAGACCACUGAACCAUCAUCCAGGACCAGGAUCUUGAUGUACUGUAGCACUUUAUCUUACCUGGCAUUUACUAGGUAUCAACAGGUACUUUCUGGUAGGUAUUUCAAAUAAUUCAACCCAAUUGGUAACUAACUGGUCCAUACAGUAGCAAUACCCACCAUAUAGUAUUUUACUCCUAUGAUUAUAAAUGUCUUACUACUGUAAAAUGAAUCUUGUCCUCCAGUCAGCUUUCUCUCUAGUAACUGAGCUUAGGGAGGAGUAGGGUUGAACAAUUCUGUUGACUUCCAGAAGUCCUGGUUGGAGGAAUCCGGAUUUCCUGCUUAUUCCCCCCAUGAUUCUGGAAAUCUUCCAACCAGGAUUUCUGAAAAACCUGGUACUUUUGGAGAAGUCACUGGAAUUUUGCAACCCUAGGGUCGAGGUUGCUGUACAAUAUGCCCUAGGCACUUGCAGAGGCCCAUGUCGCCACUAGAUGGCAAUAUGACAGCUUCCUCCACACAUCCCUCACAACACCAGUGUCUGACUCGAAUCUCCUGAUAGAAAUGGCUUUGAGAGAGCAUUAAGAUUCUAUUCAGUAGGUUACCGUCUAAAGCCUGCUCGCUGUGUGUUGCGUUUAGCGUUUUCUCCCCUUCAGACAAAGAGCGGCAGAGUGAAAUGCAUAUGGUUGUCCCACACACACGCCCACCUCUCUCCCAGACUCUCCGCUGUCUGCGGCCCUCUCUCACCCCUACACAAUUAUUACACCAGUUAAAGGCAAUCACGUGUGUGUGUGUGUGUGUGAUGCCAUAUUGGCAGGUUGGAACACAGCUUUUCUACUAAAAAUAACUGGGAGGAGGAGGGUGAAGAAAGAAGUGCUGCAGUAGCCAACAAACCCUGUGUUUCUCCUAAGAGGGCUAUGGGAGAUCUACUGUCCCCAUUCAAACCCUGUGUUUCUCCUAAGAGGGCUAUGGGAGUUCUACUGUCCCCAUUCAAACCCUGUGUUUCUCCUAAGAGGGCUAUGGGAGUUCUACUGUCCCCAUUCAAACCCUGUGUUUCUCAUAAGAGGGCUGUGGGAGUUCUACUGUCCCCACUCAAACCCUGUGUUUCUCCUAAGAGGGCUAUGGGAGUUCUCCUGUCCCCAUUCAAACCCAGAGGCAAUGGUCUCCCUAUAUGCACC